GGAGGGAUUUCCGGACGGCGGCGCAGGUGGGCCCCGGCACUGUCACACCCCCAGCCCGCUCCUCCAGCCCGCAUCCCCCCGCGUUCCCGGCGCUCGGCCCGGUGAGCGCCGGCACCGCCCCGCACCUCCGGGACCCGCGGGGACACCGCGAGCGUGCACCUGCCUUCCAGCGGUGCUCCCAGUCCGGACAUCCCGGCCGUGCCCCCAUCCCCAGCCGGAUCCAACCCCGGUGCCCCAGCUCACCCGGUCUGCAGCACCCACGUGGGGAGUGUCACUGCCCCGGCCUGGCAGACUUUGCCCCUGGCACUCGGAGCAGGGUUUGCCCUCCCUGCCGUGUCCGUGCUGACCGCAGAGGGGCCCUGAGCCCCGCCGGAGGGACGCUCGUACUGAGGAGCGCAUAGGGCCGGGGUGCCCGCAGCGCUCUGAUGUGAGCGGCACCGCGGGGCUCGGCUGUGUCCCCGGGCGCUGCUGAGGCCAUGCUCCGGCUGCGCCUGCUGACCUGGGACGUGAAGGACACGCUGCUGCGGCUGCGGCAGCCCGUGGGCCAGGGCUAUGCGGCCGAGGCCCGGGCCCAGGGCCUGCAGGUGCAGCCCGAGGCUCUGGGGCGCUCCUUCCGGGAGGUGUACGGAGCCCAGAGCCGGCAUUUCCCCAACUACGGCCACGGCCAGGGGCUCAGCUCCCGCCAGUGGUGGCUGGAUGUUAUCAAGCAGAGCUUCAGGCUGUCGGGCGUGCAGGACGAGGCAGCCCUGACGAAGCUGGCAGAAAAGCUCUACCGUGACUACUGCAGCCCCCACACCUGGGAGAUGCUGCCGGGAGCCGCCGAGACUCUGAGCCGGUGCCGCCAGCUCGGCUUCCGCAUGGGAGUCGUGUCCAACUUCGACAGCCGGCUGGAAGCCAUCCUCUCGCAGUGCAACCUGCGGCACCACUUCGAGUUCGUGCUCACCUCCGAGGCCGCGGGCUUCGCCAAGCCGGACGGGCGGAUCUUCGAGCAGGCGCUGCGGCUGGGCGGGGCCCGGCCCGAGCAGGCGGCUCACAUCGGCGAUGACUACAGCCGGGAUUACCGGGCAGCCCGCGCCGUGGGCAUGCACAGCUUCCUGCUGCGGCCGGCCGGCCAGGGCCCGGGCCCGGAGGUGCCCCCCGAGCACGUCCUGCCCACGCUCAGCCACCUCCUGGCUCGCAUCAAGAUGGAGUAGCUGCGGUUCGGAGGGGACCAGCGCUGCUGCCGACUGCUGAACUGGCCUGGCAGAUUUCUUGCACCAAGUCUGAGCUGCCUAUGGAGCAGGAGGAGUGUUGAUGCAAUAAAACAUUUCUGAUACCCA